ACUUUCAAGCACUUUCCAAUCAGAACAAAAGACAUAUUCAUGGCCAUGUUCAAAACCACUCAUAUAUCAACGCCAAAAAUCAAAUGCUAAUUCUGUUCCAACCAGCAAUACACACAACACACAAAACACCAAGCACAAUACGCAGAACACAAAACCAUCCUUCUUUUUCUAUCUCUAGAGGCUUUCACAUGAGAAGCUGAAACUGAGACUCCAAAUUGAAGGAUAACAAAGAAGGCAAUGGCUUUUCUUCUACCAAAUUUCUCUCCCUCUCUACUCCUCCAAACCAAAUCAAAAGAAAAACCCAUGAACCAGACACUUUCUCUUACAAAACCCAGCUUUUGUUUCUCUCAUCUCUCUCCUCUGGCCAGCCUGCAGACACCCACUUUGUUGGAAGGGGCACAGCUUAACACCUCCAGGGUUGCGCAGGAUAAGCAGCAAAGAGACGACUUUUAUGUCAAUCUUGGCGUUGCUGUACGCACUCUUCGUGAAGACAUCCCUUUAAUUUUCGCCGAAGACCUUAAUUAUGACAUUUAUAGGGAUGAUAUAACAUUUACGGAUCCCUUGAACACAUUCACUGGCAUUGAGAAUUACAAAUUGAUCUUCUGGGCAUUGAGAUUUCAUGGCAAGAUUCUGUUCCGUGACAUUUCACUUGAGGUUUAUAGGAUUUGGCAGCCUUCAGAGAAUGUGAUAUUGAUAAGGUGGAACAUGAAGGGUGUUCCUCGGGUUCCAUGGGAAGCACAGGGUCAGUUUCAGGGCACCUCGCGAUAUAAACUAGAUCGAAAAGGCAAAAUAUAUGAACACAAAGUCGAUAACUUGGCAUUUAAUUUCCCGCAGAAGCUCAAACCAGCUGCUUCAGUGUUAGAUUUAGUGGCAGCAUGCCCUCCUAGUCCUAACCUGACGUUUUUGUGGGGUCCUGCGGAUGUGUACUCGUCUUCAUGGGUGGAGUUUUAUCGAGCAGUGAGGGGGACUUUGCAUCGAGAUGGUUUCUUGCUUCCACAAGAUGGUUUGGUUAGCUAAUGAGCUACUUCAGAUAUGAAUCUAUACAGUGGAAUAUGUAACGUAUAUGUACUGUGCAUUAAAUUUGUAUUAUAUAUUGGUAGAUAGCAGAAAAUGGUUUUUGUUGAAAAACAAGGUUGUAUAUACAUAGGGAAAUCCUGAAGAGUUCAAUUUACUUCUUGUGGUGGUGGAGGCAAAGAAGCUAGGGUACAUUUUGUGAGCUUAUACAGGUCAGGAUAAUAUAUACAAAAUCUUGUUUCAUUUAAUAAAUUAUCUUCUUAAUUU